AUGGGCUCCAUAUCCAUCCAACCCGGUCCAUCUAACACUCCUACUACUACUAGUGGUGCUUCUUCUUCUCUUUCUUCUCCUUCCAACCAACACCCAACAACAGCCUCCACCUCCUCCGCCACACAGCUAUCUCCACCGCAUCCACACCUCGUCGACGCCUCCCUGGCCAUCGCCACUAGAUCCGAAGCUCUAACGGAUCUUGCUAAAGAAAACCCUCAACCUGUCGCUGUGGUUCCUCCUCCCAAGAGGUCAACAAAAGACCGGCAUACUAAGGUCGAUGGCCGUGGUCGGAGAAUUCGAAUGCCGGCGACAUGUGCCGCUAGGGUUUUCCAGUUGACGAGGGAAUUGGGUCAUAAGUCCGAUGGAGAAACAAUUGAGUGGCUGCUACAGCAGGCGGAGACGGCCAUUAUUGCCGCAACCGGCACGGGCACCAUUCCGGCUAACUUUUCCACCUUGAACGUCUCUCUUCGUAGCACCGGAUCCACUCUCUCUGCUCCGCCGUCGAAGUCCGCGCCUCAUCAAUUUCACGGCGCUUUGGCACUUGCUCACCACCCCUUUGAUCAAGAAGGGUUCUCUCAAAUGAUGGGGUUUCAUCAACAUCACCACCAGCAACAACAACAGCAACACCAUCACCAUCAAAACCCUCAUAUUUUAACAGCUGACCAAAUAGCCGAUGCAAUUUCCACCGGAGGCAACGGCGGAACCGGUGGCGAUUCUACCGAGAAUUAUAUGAGAAAAAGGUACAGAGAAGAUUUGUUCAAAGACGAGAGUAAUCAAAAUCAAGGGGAAGUAACAGUCGGAUCUACGUCACCAUCCAACAAACAAUUCAAAGGAGCCAUGGAAAUGCCAAAACAACAACAAGAAGCCGGAGGACCUUCUUCCGGUAACAAUAUUCUCCGGCACCAUGCUAAUAUGAUGCCGGCAACAGCCAUGUGGGCGGUUGCUCCAGCACCCACCACUGCCACCGGAAACACCUUGUGGAUGCUACCGGUAUCCACCAGCGUCAGUAGUAGCAGCGGCCAACACUCUCAUCUCGCCGGAGCCGCAUCGGAAUCGCAACACCACCACCACCAGCAAAUGUGGCCAUUCCCGACUGCCCAAGCUGUCGGCGGCGGAAACACACUGCAAGCACCACUCCAUUUCAUCCCAAGAAUCAACAUCCCGGCGGCGAAUCUGGAAUUCCAGCAGAAUUCAAGAGCAAAUCCCCUCCAACUGGGAUCAAUGCUGAUGCAGCAGCAGCAGCAACAACAACAACAACCAUCGCAACAUCUGGGUUUGGGAAUGAGCGAGAGCAAUUUAGGGAUGUUAGCGGCGCUGAAUGCUUAUUCCCGAGUGGUGAUGAAGACCAAAAUGAUUCUACAUGAGAGACAUAUUGAUGUUGAGUGUUGAAUGAACCAAGAAAUCCAAGAGGUUUGGUGGAAAGGAGAGAUAGUAGGUGAUUGAGAUUCAAGAGAGAUUGUAUAGAAGGAUAUAUAUUGAUUUGUGUUUAGUAUUUAUAAAUUUGGUUUGUUGAUUCCAAUUAAACUCAAAAAAACAAAAUUCAGAAAUGUGA